AUGCACCGUAUUCACUCGUGGGCGAAAGCUCACGCAUCAUCAUCUCCUCAAAAACUACAAACUUCGACAACACCUUCAAAUCUGGCCUCUCGCCCGAUUCCUGAAACUCAAGAUGUUGAAGUGAAUCCACCAGGUGAGGGUUCCCCCAAGGUGGAACCCGACAAUGAAGAGAAAUCAAAACAACCUAUGCUCCUUCGCAUGCGAAAUGGCUCCAAGCGCUUCGGUCUCCAUACUAAGGAUGCAAUUUUCCACAGUUGGGUAAACAUACUGCUCGUCUUCGUGCCAGUCGGUAUUGCCGUCAAGGCAGUCGGCCUCAGCCCGGCCAUCAUCUUCGCCAUGAACGCCGUAGCCAUCAUCCCCUUGGCCGGGUUACUCAGCCAUGCUACCGAGAGUGUCGCCUGUCGUCUAGGUGAUACUAUUGGUGCUUUGAUCAAUGUCACUUUUGGUAAUGCCGUAGAGUUGAUCAUUUUUAUUAUCGCACUGGUCAAGAACGAGAUCCGGAUCGUGCAAGCCUCCCUGCUAGGUUCAAUCCUGGCCAACUUGCUGCUCAUUCUGGGUAUGGCGUUUCUGUUCGGUGGUCUUCGCUUCCAGGAACAGAUCUACAAUGCUACUGUCACCCAGAUGAGCGCCUGCUUACUUAGUCUGAGCGUGACGAGUCUCUUGCUGCCCACCGCCUUCCACGCCUCGUGGUCCAACAGCGAGAAUGCGGACCGUGAGACUCUCAAAGUCAGCCGUGGUACUAGUGUGGUACUGCUCCUUGUAUACGUUUUGUACAUCGUCUUCCAGCUCAAGUCCCACUCCUACCUCUACGCCAGCAUCCCUCAGCGCAUUAUUGACGAAGAAUCACAUCCCGGUGUUCUCGCCGAAUUCCUGAACAGCUCUUCCGACUCUUCAAGCAGCUCCAGUGAUGAAUCCGUUGACACGACUACGUCCUGGUCCACGGCCAAGCGAAUUAAGCGGGCCAUGAGACAUCGCAAACGCCGCAAGUCGAGCUCAAGCUCCAAGUGUACCACGUCAAAUCUCUCUGUCCAGAAGCCCAUGAUCGCCAAUGAAAACCAGGCCUCCGUUGUCAACUCUAUUGGCGGCAGCAGCAACAACGAUAAUGCAUCAUCUGCCAUUGAAUUUGUCGAUGAGAUAAAGUAUGAUGCCGACGAUGAUACCCAUCCUCCUACUGCUGGAUUCAGGUCGCGUGACUUUGGAAUGCCCAUGAGCCGGACGGCUACUGCUGAAAGUGAACAGGCCACGAAGCGUGAGCGUAGAAAACGCCGCUCGCGCAAGGACAAUGCCAAGCUCGAGUCCACCGAACCCACAGAAACACAGCUCAUGGCCGAUGUUUUUGCAGGAGCCGAGAGUUCUAACGAGACUGAGGGUCAACGCCGACGAUUCCCAGUCGUUCCUUCCAUCCUGGCCAAUACUGUUUUUAGCUCACAGUCGCCCUCCAACCCUCCUGCUGGAGCUGUCUCACGUCCCUCUAUGUACCGUAGUGCAUCUUUGCCUGCUGCCACUAAUCGCCGACCUCUCCCAGGCAGUGCCGUGACAUUUGCCCGUGGUGCCGUUCGUACACCUGGUGUCAAUGAUGUCGUGGCCCCCGAUGCAGUCGACCCGGAACCGGUUCCUGACAUGUCUCGCACUGCGGCUAUUGUCCUGCUCUUGGUGUCAACGGCUCUCGUCGCAGUCUGUGCCGAGUUCUUGGUCGAUGCUAUUCCUGAAAUGAUCGCAGACUCGUCUGUCAGCGAGGCAUUUAUCGGUUUGAUCAUUCUUCCCAUUGUCGGCAACGCUGCCGAGCACGUCACUGCUGUCAGUGUGGCUGCCAAGAACAAGAUGGAUCUGGCUAUUGGUGUUUCCGUGGGCAGUAGUAUUCAAAUUGCCAUCUUUGUCACUCCUCUGGUUGUUAUCAUUGGUUGGUGCAUGGACAAGGAUAUGUCCUUGUACUUUACCCUCUUCGAAACAAUCUGCCUCUUCGUCACUGCUUUUGUAGUGAACUUCCUUGUCCUCGAUGGCCGCAGUAAUUACCUUGAAGGUGCACUUUUGAUUGCGGCCUACGUGAUUAUCGCAUUGGCUGCAUUUUUCUACCCCAACAGCUCCGAGACCAGCGCCCUGGCAGGAUCUGGAUAG